AAUGGGGGAAGUUCUGAUUGUUUCAGAAUAUGAACGUUGUUCCAUAUUUGAAGCCCCUCCAAAAUGUCUAAGAAGUUUCUUAAGAAAGAGUACUUUCAUUGUUUCAUCAGUUCCUUGACGGGAAUUAGAUUUCCCACCCCCUGUUUUAGAAUUUCCACCCCAUUUAAAAGUGGGGAAAAACCAAUAUUGCCCCUCCGUGUUUUAGUCCGAAUGUAUAACAUUCGGACUCCUCCGAAUGUUCAAAUGUCGGACUCAGUUAAUAAUAGAACAAAACUAUCAAUUCAGAUUCACAUUUGUAACGGGACAGAACAUCAACUCUCGAAGGUCUCAAGAGAAGCGACCCAGAGGCACCCAAAUCGACCCACACAUCACGACCAAAAGCGACCAAGAAUCAUCUGUGUUUCAAAACCGACCACACUGAGAUUAUGGCGAGGACAAAGCAAACUAAGAGGGUAUCGUCUGAAGAGUUGGCCGAUCGUCGUGCCUAUCUCCACGCUUCUCAUAGGCAAGGUGAUCAUGAUACAGAUGUGUCGACUUCUCGGAAGGGGGCUAGGAAGGGGGCUCCGAAGGCGACCACUGAGGUUCCUGCCCCUGCCACUGAGGUUCCUGCCCCUGCUACUGAGGUUCCUGCUACUGAGGUUCCUGCUCUCUCGACGCCUGAGGUUACUGCUACUGAGGUUUCUCCUCAGUCGACGCCUGAGGUUACUGCCCACGAUACUGUUGAGCCUUCUACCUCUUCACUUGAUAUUGAUGCAGUUGAGGAGCCGGAGUCAGAGUCGGGGUCUGAGUCGGGGUCGGAGUCGGGGUCUGAGUCUGAGAUUGAGGGUGAGGAUGUAGAGGUAGAGGAUCCGAAUAUGCCGCCGCUCCAGAGAGAUCCACCGUUUCCUGGUGGGCCGGUUGAGUUGUCACUUCUGCAGCAUUACCCGGAUCACAUAGCGCCGUGGACGUGGCAUACCCUACUAGGCACCACUGACCCUCGUUAUUUUGAGCGAGGUGAUUUGAGGCUUGCCACUGCUGGUACGAAGCUCGGGCUGAUGACGUGUAAGGGGGACAAUUACACGGAGGUCCGCUUGAUUGUGGAGAGGAGCGGACUGUAUCCACUGGUCAGGUGCAGCUAUGUAGAGACGGACCCAGGGCUUAUAUCGGCCCUUGUGGAGAGGUGGCACGAGGAGACUAGUAGUUUCCACAUGCCAUUCGGGGAGAUGACUGUCACCCUUGACGACGUCUCCGCUCUUCUUCACAUCCCGGUUGGUGGGAGAUUCUACACUCCAGGAGUGGCCUCGAGAUAUGAUGUGGCAGAGACCUGCGCUUUGCUGUUAGGGGGGGAUGCAGAUUUGUACAUGGCUGAGUUUGAUAGGCUUAGGGGUCCGACUAUGAGGUUCAGCUUCUUGCGAGACCUUUACCCGAAAGCUGUUGCAGAGGGGCGGUACGAGCAUGCAGCCAGGAUGUACCUGAUGCAUCUUGUUGGCGCGACAUUGUUCGCCGACAAGAGUGGGGGGCACUCAUUCUCCGCCCGUUGGAUCGGCAUGCUACAGGAUCUUGAGCGGGUGUCGGAGUUCGCGUGGGGCGCCAUGGCCCUUGCCACGUUGUACGACCAGCUGGGACAGUCUUCUCGCAGCGGGGUCAAACAGAUGGGCGGUUACACUUCCCUGUUGAUGGCCUGGGUCUUUGAGCACUUUCCAGACAGGCUCGUUCGCCGGUAUGCGAACCCGGCUUACACAGAGGACCAGCCCAGAGCUCGUAGGUGGACAAAGUCACGGUCGGGGCAUGCUAGGCUUGACGAGAGGCGAGUAUUACUUGAUGAGUUGACGGCCGACGACGUCACUUGGACUCCAUAUGAGGCCCACAGGGAAUGGCGACAGCGGGAUGAGAGGGCUUUGUUCUCAGGCUACAUUCGGUGUCCCUAUCCCCCUGCUGUGCGACCUCAUCUUCCGGAGCGGGUCAUGCGACAGUUUGGGUAUAUACAGACGAUCCCGCGCCACCCUAGUGAGAUGGAUAGAUCUCCCGCAGCUGAGGCUGUUGAUGCGGCAUUCGCAGAUUAUGUGCAGUACUUGUUCCCUGAGGGCGACCCUGCUAUAGAGGAGGGACAGGCUGUGGGCGGUUACAUGGAUUGGUACGCUAGAGUGUCUCAUUGUUUCAUCAUACCGGAUGAGAGGAGGAUUGAUCUCAGUGCCGUGGCUGCUUUGCAUAGGGCUUUAGAAGUCCUUGAGUUGUCACUUGAGGUGGAUGAUGCUUUGCUGCCAGGCACACAGGCCCGCGCUUUAACGGAGAGAGCACUUCGCAUCCUCCAGGACUUGGCUGGGACACAGGGCAUUGCUUACACUGCUGGGAAAGGAGGUCUGGGAGCAGGUGGCCGAGCAGGUGGCCGAGCCGGUGGCCGAGCAGGUGGCCGGGAGGGCGGCAGGGCAGCAGGUGGCCGGGAGGGUGGCAGGGCAGGAGCCAGGGGAGGCCGUAGGGGUAGGGGAGGUCGUCGGGGUAGGGGACAGUAGGGGACAUUAGUUGUAUGAGCAUUUUGUUGACAUUACUAUUACGAUAUUAGGGGACUAUGUAUUUUGCACUACUAUUUCGGAUUAGUAUGAGUUUUAUGUUCACUUUAACGUAUGUUUUUUUUUUUAUUUUUCACUUUUACCCUAAACCCUAAUAAUUUGUGAGCUUUAUCUUCACUUUAACAUUUUUUUUUCUUUUUCACUUUUAUAAUCAACCCUAAUAAUUUUUAAAAUCUAUUACUUUUAUAAUCAACCCUAAUAAUCAACCCUUGUAAUGGAAGCCAAAACCUGGCACUCAACAACACAAACCCUUGUAAUGAAGUUUAAUCU